GCCAACACAGCAGACAUGACGCUCUUCAUCUUCCUCCUCGCGCUUGUCCGCUGCUCCUCUUCCUCGCCGCGGUUCCUCGGCUCGGUUCUGGAACCGAGCGGUUCUGAUGACCCGGUGGGCCCGGAUGAAGGGCGCCGGUUUGCAGCUUUGCCCUCAGAAGUUUGUUUCUGUGGGAACCGGCAGCACGCUCCGGUGCUCGGCGGCUGUUUCAACACGUCUCUGAGAGAAGGAACAAAAGAUGUGAGGAGAGGAAGCAKGAGACAAAGCGACCAGCAGGAUGUUCUCUGCAGAACCCAGCGAACCCUCCUCUUCUGCUCUUCAGGUCUUUGUGUCUCCAGCUCCUCCUCCUCCUCAGACCUCCUCCUCUCACAGCUCCCUUCAGACAGACCAGUGGUCGUUUUACUUCUCGGGCCCUUGGGGGUCUCCUCCUGUGGCCCCUCUGCCUCGUUGGCCUUCAACAGCUCUCCAGCGGAGGUGGCGUACCUCUGUGACCCUGACACCCCGCAGGUCCGCGUGAGGGAAGGCCUGAGCGUCGCUCACGAAGAGAAAAUCACAGACGGUGUUUGUAUUUUCAGCUGCGAGUGUCGGAAACAAACUGUGACGUCUGAUCCAUCCUGCUGCCAUCUACAAGAUCCAGUUCACUCAUCCUGGCAGAUGUUUACGUGUCAAAGUCCUGCUUACAGUAAAGACRACACAGUUGUGAGGAUUUGUGCAACAAAACAAGUGAUUCCAACAAACACAGACGUAACCUUCCUGGCUGUAAACGACACAGCACAUCCUGUCGAGUUCUUCUGGGACUUUGGAGACUCCGGAUCAGCCAGAACCUCUUCCAGGACCAUCGCUAAAAGAUACCAGAACCCUGGGAGUUACGAUGUCAUUGCCACGGCGUCCUGGAGUCAGACGGUCCUCACCUCCGAUGUGUUCCCGGUCCUGGUCCAGACAGCCGUGGAGCUCAACMGGCUGGUCCACCAGGCCUCGGUCCUGACGAACCAGACCUUCACGGUGAGCUGCCGGGUCAACGCGGGGACCGACCUCGCCUUCGCGUGGAGCUUCGGAGAUGGACCCAGCAGGUCCGGACAGAGAACCGUCCAGCAUGUCUUCAACAGAACAGGAGAGUUCACAAUCAAAGUGGUCGUGUCUAAUCGCAUCAGUUCUGCAWCUCUGAGCAGCCUCGUCUUCGUUGUGGACCGGCCCUGUCAGCCUCCACCUGUCAAAAACAUGGGUCCAGUCAGGCUACAGGUGUGGAGGUUUGAAGUUGUCCGCCUGGGGGUGACGUUUGAGUCCGAAGUUGAGUGCGACGGAUCAGGAGGCCUCCGGUACUCCUGGACCUUAUCCGACUCGGCAGGACGGGUCGUCCCGUUGCCUCUCAGAGACAAACACAAACAAACCCUGGUGCUGCGGAGCCGAGUCCUGCAGUACGACACGUACACGGCCACGGCCAGAGUCCAGAUCCUUGGCAGCGUGGUCUACAGUAACUACACCCUCAGGAUUCAGGUGCUGCCGAGUCCUCCGGUGGCUUUCAUCCAAGGUGGCACCAACGUCUUCAUCAACAAGAACAGCACCGAGACGAUAACUCUGGAUGGACGAGCGUCUCAUGAUCCAGACUUCCCCCUGAACCCCCUCAGUUACAGUUGGACGUGUAAACCAGUUUCCACCAUCGUCACUUCCUGUUUCAAUCGAGACGUCCCCUCUUCGUCCCCCGAGCUGAAAUUUCCCGUCGGCCUCUUGAAACCCGACUUUGAUCAGUUCCAGUGCAAGCUCACCGUCCACAGCGGGGGGCGUUCAUCUUCAUCAGAGGUCUUCCUCACCGUCACAUCAGAUCUGACUCGGAAGGUCUCGGUUCACUGUGAUCAGUGUCGGGGAGACGCCGUGAACUGGGAUCAGACGUUUUCUGUCGCUGCCACGUGUGACGACUGCAGAGAACCCGUUCAGUUCAGCUGGAGUCUGUCCCGGGUCAACGAGUCCUCCAACACGGUCCCAGACGUCUCGUUUUGUUCCACGGCAGACCUCGGAGCUCCGUCGGCCCUCAUGGAGACCCCUGCACCUGACGAGGUUCUGGUCCGUUCUCCUGUUCUGAAUGUGUCUGAGUCCAGUCUUACAGUCCAGUCCUCCGAUUCUUCUGGGUUUCUGGAGGAACUUUCUGUCAGCAAGUCUGAGAAGCAGAAUGAUGAUUUUAAUGGGUCAGACUCUGAGCCCGACACUGGACCCAGACCUCAUUCAGCUCCCUCAGGUCUGAAUGAUACAAUCAGUAAUUUGACCUUUGACCCCGACUCCUCCGCUGACUGGGAGGAAUCAUUCCCAUCUCUGGAGAGCAGUGAUGGAGAUUUACAUCAAAAUAAAUUUACAGGUCCUGAUGAUUACGACGCUCCGUUUCCUGCAGAGGAAGGAGACGCAGGGAUGUCAGCAGGCAGACCCAAAGGCGUAGGUGUCGGGACCCCCAGUCCAGGACCUGGUUGGGUUUUAAACCUGGAUCAGGGCAGUAAUCUGAUGGAUCCCAAACCUUCUGUGGAGAUCAAGGAGCGGACUUUGCUCGACCUUCACCGAGACCCGACGGACAGAGUCCUCUUUGAGUCCUACACCUCCACAGGAAUCUCCUCUUCUUUGCUCCGAUUCAAACCUUUCAGUCUGAGRCCAAAGACUCGAUACUUGUUGGAGGUCACUGCCAGGUCUCGGCAGGAGUUUCUGGGCCGGACUCAGCUGUUUCUAAAAACCAACCCUGUGCCUGAAGGCGUGACGUGUCAGGUGCAGCCAGCGGAGGGGGCGGAGUUACGCACACACUUCAGCGUCUUCUGCAUGUCAGGACACCAGGACUUGCUGUACAAGUACAGCUUCAGCGUCAGAGGCAGCCCCCCCAGGGUCCUGUACCAGGGCAGAGACUUCCWGUACUACUUCAGCCUUCCCUCAGGGGACCCCAGUGAUGAUUAUAAAGUAACGAUUCACAUUGAAAUUAGAAGCGGCAGGUAUGGAUCCGGCACCAAACCCUGUCCUGUUACCGUUCGAGUCAAACCGAGCUUCUUCACAGACGACUCGUCUUCCUCACCUCGUCCUGAUUCAGAUAUGAAGCUGUCCGAGUCGGGUCUGGGAAGAUUGUCAGCUCUCCUGCAGCUCAGGAACUCUGCAGAGGUCCGGAACCAYGUCAGUCUCCUCUGCAGGGUCCUGAACAGACUCCGCCCAGGCGCCGAGGCCGCUGCACAGAGACGCCUGCGUAACAUUCUCAUCUGCACCGUGUGUGAGCUGGAGAGCAGUGACCAGACAUCAGUGGAAGACAACAUCUGCAUCCUGACUGAUCUUCUACAAACAACCAACCAGGUGACGUUAAUGAGCGUCAGACGGGUAACGUCUCACGUUCGGGCCGUGUGGGAGCAGUUUUCAGAGCUCAGUGCUGCGGRUCAGAACCACAGGAUGCUCCACAGUCUGAUCCGUCUACUCUCAUACGGGCUGCAGGUGGUCUCCAGCUGCCGUUACUCACCUGAAMCACCUGAUGGUAACAUUACAGAGGAGCUGGAGUCAGAAUCACCUGCUGAUUCAGCAGACGCUCCUGACUGUUAUCAGUUCAAACAACAUGCAGGAUCGAUUCCAGUAAAACAAGCUCCACAGCUUCUCUGUGAUAUUUUACAGACCGCUUCAGACUUGAUGCUGAGGCACAUUUUGAUCCAGGAGGCCACAGAGCACAGAGUAACCACAGACCUCCUGGUGUUGCACGCUGCAUCCCAAAACCAAACCUCCACCASCAUCAGGAGCAACUUCACCACCGUCCACUUCCCUGCUUCUCUGAUCGGAGGACUCAGAGAACCAAACCCCUGCGUCCUCAGGGUUCUGAUUGAACAGUCCCAAAACCCGUACUGCUGGGCCUCACGUCCUGCCCAGUUGACCGGACCAGUGGUCAGUCUUCACCUGUACAAGUGCAGCACGAGGAGGAGAAUCCAUGUUGGCUCCCUCCCUCAGCCAAUCAGCUUCCAGCUGCAAGUCCCACAAACGAACCGGAGCUCUGCGAGUGAGUACACCCUCCUGCGCAGCCGGAUCAACUACCACAACUUCAGCGUCAGCCGGGAGCUCCWGCAUCACGCCGUCCAGCUGUCAUCAGUUACAUCUAUAAACCGUUUGACACAAACCCAACCCACGACUUGUUGUGUCAGGAUGUUUGAGAGGCCAACUCCCAGCAUGCACCACCUGCAGAGGAUCCACAGGUGGGAGAGCAACACGGUGCACUUCACUCUUCCACCGUCCUACAUUAACGCGGCAGGCGUCGGCCACUUAGCCCUGCUUGAUGCUAACUUUGACAAAGCGUCCAGGAGGAAGCACAGGAGUGAAGAGCUACGCUACAGCCUGGCGGUGGACAGCAGUCUGUGCUUGUCCUGGGACGGGCAGCAGGGAGACUGGACUCACCUCGGCUGCAGGACGGGACGACUGGACACCACGGUCAGCUGCAGCUGCUACCAGCUGAGGCCACUGACUGUGUUCCAGCAGCAGCUUCAGAGCAGCCAUGACGCCGCAGAUCUGGAUCAGUUCCUGAGUGUCUCCAGUGAUCCGACAGUGGUCAGUUUACUGGUGCUGGUUCUGAUCCUGUUCAUCCCGGGGCUCGUCUGGUGUCAGAGAGCAGACGUCGUCUCUGAGGAGAACCGAAGGGUCCACCUCCUUCCCGACAACAAUCCGGAGGACUCGUGUUUUUAUGCCGUUUGCAUCCACACUGGUCUCUGCUCGGCAGCGAGAAUGUCUGCCAAAGUGUACAUAAAGCUGUGUGGUGAGCGUGGAGUCUCACAGACGAAGGAACUCCAAGUCCCAGGAUGCACUCUGUUCAGGAGGAACUCCAAAGAUUCCUUCAUACUGAGUGCGGCGGACUGCCUGGGUCCUGUGUGGGGGGUCCACAUCUGGCACGACAACUCUGGUCCUUCUCCUGACUGGUACAUAAAACAAGUGACGGUAUCUGAGGUGAGGGGCGGGCAGGUGGGCCGCUCGUGGCUGUUUGUCAGCGAGUGCUGGUUGGCUGUGAAUGAAGCUGACGGCCGAGUGGAGAGGUUGCUGCGUGUCGGUGGACUCGGCUUCGCUCGGAUGCUGUUUCUCAGGUUUUCCGACUACAUGGCCGAUCACCACACCUGGAUCUCGGUGUACAGCUGCUGCCGGCCCGGCUCCUUCACUCACACUCGGAGGCUCGGCGUGUGCGCGUCRCUGCUGUCGGGGUGCGCAGCGGUCAGCGCCGUCGUCGUAGCACGAACAGACGACCAGCUGGAGUCGAGCUCRGUUGUUUCUCUUACAGCAGGACUUCUGAGCGUAGCGAUUGUGUUACCUGCAGCAACAUUUAUGUCCUUCGUGUUUCGGUUCUGUGGGAUCAGAGUGACAGGAUCAGGAGUCAGAUCGACUGCCAAGAAGGAUUCAGAGGUUAGGGAUGUGGAUCUGGACUCCCAACUGUCCCGCCUGUGGAAGAAAAAACACCAGGACACAGACAAACUGUCAGCGUUCACAACUCAUGAGAACAAAGUCACAAAAGAAGAAUCAAUAAUCUGUGAGGGGAGAGAGGGGCUUUUAUCUGAGAGUGAGGGGUUUGAAACCCAGAAAACCUCAAGGAAUGAAGGUCAAACCUUUCAAAAUAAGAGACGUUUUGGUGUAACGUCUGUGUGGUGUCUGUUCCUGGCCUGGGCUCUGUGUCUGCUGACCUCUCUGCUGUGUUUGGUGCUCUCUGCUACACUGGGAAGCAGAUUCAGCAACAAUCAGGUUCUUCUUUGGAUCCAGUCCCUCUUCGUCUCUCUAAUCUCCUGCAUCUUCUUCAUCCAGCCAGCUUUGAUCUUUGCAGCGGCAGUAGUCGUCUCGGUKUGGUGCAAGAAAACGCCGUUCUCUCCUUCUUCCAUAAAGGUGGAAACUUUAAACUGGUGGAGCUCCCUCCAUCAGCCCGAGGAGCGGGUCAGAGCGCCUGGUUUCCCUGAACAAAGAAGUUCACGCUUCGUGAAGGUGAUGAUGAGAUUCUGCUCGGGUCAGAGCRAGUUUCCACCUAAAAGUCACUGGUUUUCUGAUUCUCAGUUGCUCGGAGCUCGUCAAAGAGCUCGACACCUCCGGCUGGUGCAGCCGCCGCCUCCGGCAGAGCUGAGGAGAUCUCGUUUAAAGAGAAGAAGAGAGGCUCUCAUCUAUAAAACGCUGAGAGAUUUGUCUUUCUGCGCUGCCAUGCUGCUCCUGAUGUCGUGCGUCACUUACUACAGUUCGUUUAAAGACGAUUAUCAGCUCAACAGAGCCGUCAGAAGACGCUUUAUAGGGAGGCAUGGAUUUACAGCCAUAAAAACACAGGAGGACUGGUGGAAGUGGACACAAACAACUCUGCUGGACCUACUGGAGCAGAUUAAAUCAGACAAAACUGAAGUAAGAAAGACGUUGCAUGUUGGGAUCGGAGAUGUUGUGAUACAAAAAACAGAGCGACGCUGCCCAGAUCAGAACCAAGUCCCCUCGCUGAGACACUUCUGGACGUCUGAUCGCUCCAGCUGCCGCUCAGAGAAAGUCGUUACAGUCGUUUUAGGCCACGAGAAGUCCGACGCUGAGACAGAACUGAACCUCCUGCGGUCCAGCGGCUGGGUGGACAGGUGGACGGUGGCCCUGAAGGUCCAGCUCACCUUGUACAGUCCUGCACCAAACCUGUUCACCAGCGUGACCCUGCUCACCGAGCGGAGCUCCAGCGGGGGGCUGCGGUCCUCUGCCAAGGUUCAGUCAGUCCGGGUGGAUCCCACCCCCUUUGCAGGAGGCCAUGUUGUGAUGGUCUGCCAGCUGCUCUUCCUCCUCUUAUCUCUUCUACGACUCUGUGGCCAAGUGUCCACUGCAGCCCAGCAAGGCCUGAUGGGAGACUGGAGGACACCCUCCACCUGUCUGGACGUCGGCCUGCUGACGGCGACCCUCCUCUAUCACGUCUGUUGCGUUUACCGCUCUGUGGCGAUGGCGGAGGCCGUGAAUUUCCUGCAGGARCACGACAAUAAAAGACAUGUUGACGUUAGCGACCUGUGCACCUGGGAACAAUGUGUUCGUUCUCUGCACGGCGUCCUCCUCUUCCUCCUCGUGAUGAAGACUGUGACUGUUCUCGGAGUGAACAGGACUUUCAGUUUCUCUGCUGCAGUCUUCGCUCGCUCACUCCGCAGCCUAUUCUGCCCUCCGAGCUCAGGUCUGGCCCUCCUGGUGGUCUCGUCCUGUUUGGCGAAUCUGCUGUGCGUACAAAGCUCCGGGGUCUUCAGCUCCCUUCGGUCUCUGCUCUGUAACUACCGGGGUCUCCGAGCCACUAGGGGUCCAUCAGGGCCGGAUUUCUCUCCUAGCGAGCUACUUCUUCUCUCAGCCUCUGUGUUGUGGACAGCAGUGGUGAUUGGGGUCAUAUCCUCGUCGGUCAGAGCUGCCAGAAAGCCUCGGAGCAGAAAGAAAGUCCUCRCCACAGCAGAAAUGUUUUCCUACUUCAAAAAGAAGGUGUCUGAGUUGAUCGGASGGCAGAGACAAACGGGGACGCACCGACACGAGGAAGACAGGACGUUUUUGCUUGAAGAGCUGGAGAUCUCCGUAGAUGAACUGUUGUUCAGACUCGGUGCCCUUUCCAACUUAACCAACCUCUCUCUGCCUCCCGAAACCCCCGACGGCAGAAACGAGGACCGUCCCUUCAGGCCCCAYGCUGAACAAGACAUCCAGAAAGCCCUGGACCGAAGAAGAAAAACCAGAAAUUAUCAUCCAGACAUUUCUGAGGAACCUAGAGAUGAAUCAAGGAAUAAAAACUGCUUGCGUUGUACCAAGUCAACGUCCAUCAAAGAGAUUUUGGCAGAAGAUGUUUUAGACACUAAAUGCAGCUGUUCAUUUAGUAAAACUCAUUGUGAGGUUGUGGUGGAGGUUCUGGUUCAUAAGGAGCAAGGAACAGAAGAGUCAGAUGUGCUCAUUUAGGAUUCUUAUGCGUUAUCAUGGUUUGAAAAAUAUUUUAAACAAAAGAAUGUUUUUGAAAGUGUGCGUUUUAGGAUUUUUUUUAGGAAUAUUUGUUUAGUAGAGAUUUAUAAAGUAUUAUAGAACUGAGAGCUCAGAUAAUUGAUGAAUGACAAUAUCUUAGCUGCAGUUUUGGACAUGUUUACAGUGUUCCACUGUGAAUAAAUUAUCAACUUAUGACAUUUGCAA